AUGCAGCAGACAGGCUUGUCGGUGCUUCUGAGUGCCAGCACCUUGGUGGUUGCCGCUGCUGGGAACUCUGGCCUGCCUCGAGGUGUUGGCCCCGAGUUUGCCAAGUACUACUCCACCAAGGAAUCCUUUACAUGUAUCGGCCACCCUUCGAUAUCUCUCAAACCAUCUCAGAUCAACGACAACAGCUGUGACUGCCCCGAUGGCUCUGAUGAGCCUGGCACUGCUGCCUGCUCCGGUCUCAACCCCCUCUCUCCUCCCCAGCCUCUGCCAGCAUCCUUUACCGGAACAACCAACACGACAAAUGUCCUGCCGGGCUUCUGGUGCGAAAAUGCUGGACACAUAGGCUCGUACGUGCCCUUUGUCUAUGUCAAUGAUGGCGUAUGCGAUUAUGACCUCUGCUGCGAUGGCACUGAGGAGUACGCACAUGUCGGCGGAGUCAAGUGCGAGGAUCGCUGCGGUGUGAUUGGCAAAGAACACAGGAAACUCGAAGAGGCACGUACCCAGGCCAAGGAGAAAGCUGCUAAACGCCGGCGGACCAUGGCCAAGGAGGCUCGUGAGCUCCGGCGGAGGGUGGAAGCUAGGAUCACCUCCCUCGAGCAGGAGAUUCAGGGCCUGCAGGAGAAGAAGGAUGAACUCGAGAAGAAGUACUAUGAGGUCGAACAGUCAGAGAGAGGCAAGGUCGUCAAGACCGAGGGGCAGGGCGGUAAGCUUGGCGUGCUCGUUGGCUUGGCCAAGACACGAAUCUCAGAGCUCCGCGAAUCCCUGAGCAAAGUCCUCGACCAGCGCGACGAGCUCCAGAGCCGUGUCGAUGAGCUGGAGGAGAUCCUCAAGAAGUUCAAGGAGGAGUAUAAUCCCAACUUCAACGACGAGGGCGUCAAGGCUGCCGUUAAGGGAUGGGAGGACUAUGCUGCCAGGGUUGCUGACGCCACGCCCUCCGAUCUGGCCGAGUCCGACCUCGUCGAGAUCGUCAAGGAGGACGGGGAGAGCUCCGGUAUCAACUGGAAGGAGUUUGACGAGGCCGAGACCACGGAUACCGAUAUUCUUUAUAACGUCGAGGCUUAUCUUCCAGAGUCUAUACGCUCGUUCGUCCACGGCAAACUCAAUAAUCUCCGGGUCUGGCUCAUUGAGAACGGCAUCGUGGCCGACAACUCGUCUCCAAACAGCGAGUCUGUCCUCGUCACUGCUGCCCGGGAAGCUUUCCAAGCCGUCGCGGAUGAUCUCUCCAAGAAGGAGAGGACCCUCGGCGAGGAGAAGCAAGAUCUCGAGACGGAUUACGGCGCAGAUGACAUCUUCCGGGUCCUGAAGGAUAAGUGUGUCUCUACCGAUAGCGGCGAGUACGAGUACGAGGUUUGCUGGCUUGGCAAGACUAGCCAGAAGUCCAAGAAAGGCCACAGCAGCACCAACAUGGGCAAGUUUGCUCGCAUUGACAUGGAGAUGGCCGACGACGAGGAGCGUAUCGAUGGCAAGAGCUUGGGCAAGGGACCUCGCCUGGUGAUGCGCUACGAGAACGGUCAGAGCUGCUGGAAUGGACCACACCGACGGACAGACGUCUGGCUCGGAUGUGCCGAGACGGAUGAGAUCUGGAGGGUGAGCGAGGCCGAGAAGUGUGUCUACAAGAUGGAGGUCGGCACACCGGCUGCUUGUGAAGACGUACACGAGCCAGGCGUCCGGACCAAGGACGAGCUCUAA